CGGCCCCGGAAGUGACGCGCCCGUGGUUUGUUGACAGCGGAGGCGGCGGCUGCGGGCUCCGAGCUGUAGGAGCCGAAUCGGGGGAGGGGCCCGGCCCCGGAGCCAGCACUGGGCGGCCUGCAGCCCUAAGGGCAAGGGCCUGGUGCUGUAGCGGCUCUCUGUACCGCAUCCCUCUUCUGGCCGGAUCACGCGCCAUUGUGUGGACAGACCAUUCCUGUCCGUCCGCUCGUCCGCCGUCGGACACGGCGCUGUCUCCCCGUGGGGCUGCUGUGAAGGAUGCCGCUGUGAGCCGUGACGUGCAGCUUCUCGCGGGGACGCGUAGUCCCGUUUCAGUUAGGAGGAGCCUGGAUUCGGAGUCACGUGUAAUGCGAGCACCGGGUCCCAACACACGCAGCUGUCCACAGACAUUGCAACGCACGGGGACCCUUGGACAAGGCCCCUGCUCUUUGCACCCGAAUCAGGCACGGACAACGGCCCAGCAGAGAGGGGCCCGGAGGGGUCCAGAACACUGGGGCCCGGCCCGCCCAGCUGCUGAUCCAAGCCGUGGCCCUGCCAAUGACCCCGUGAGUGCCGAGGAGUCGCUGCUGCCCCUGGAGGCCCCUGCCCUGGAGUGGCCCACCUUCCUGCCCCAGCAUGGCGUCCGAUACCCCCGAGUCCCUGAUGGCCCUCUGCACCGACUUCUGCCUGCGCAACCUGGAUGGCACCUUGGGCUACCUCCUGGAUAAGGAGACUCUGAGGCUGCAUCCAGACAUCUUCCUGCCCAGCGAGAUCUGUGACCGGCUCGUCAACGAGUACGUGGAGCUGGUCAACGCCGCCUGCAACUUUGAGCCACACGAGAGCUUCUUCAGCCUCUUCUCCGACCCGCGCAGCACCCGCCUCACCCGCAUCCACCUCCGCGAGGACCUGGUGCAAGACCAGGACCUGGAGGCCAUCCGCAAGCAGGACCUGGUGGAGCUCUACCUGACCAACUGCGAGAAGCUGUCCGCCAAGAGCCUGCAGACCCUGAGGAGCUUCAGCCACACCCUGGUGUCCCUGAGCCUCUUCGGCUGCGCCAACAUCUUCUACGAGGAGGACAACCCGGGGGGCUGCGAGGACGAGUGCCUCGUCAACCCCACCUGCCAGGUGCUGGUCAAGGACUUCACGUUCGAGGGCUUCAGCCGCCUGCGCUUCCUCAACUUGGGCCGCAUGAUCGACGGGGUCCCGGUGGAGUCCCUGCUGCGGCCGCUCAGCGCGCUGGCCGCCUUGGACCUCUCGGGCAUCCAGACCAGCGACGCGGCCUUCCUGACCCAGUGGAAGGACAGCCUCGUGUCCCUCGUGCUCUACAACAUGGACCUGUCCGACGACCACAUCCGGGUCAUCGUCCAGCUGCACAAGCUGCGACACCUGGACAUCUCCCGGGACCGCCUCUCCAGCUACUACAAGUUCAAGCUGACCCGCAAGGUGCUGAGCCUCUUUGUGCAGAAGCUGGGGAACCUCAUGUCCCUGGACAUCUCUGGCCACAUGGUCCUGGAGAACUGCAGCGUCUCCAAGAUGGACGAGGAGGCAGGGCAGACCAGCAUCGAGCCUUCCAAGAGCAGCAUCAUGCCCUUCCGCGCCCUGAAGAGGCCGCUGCAGUUCCUCGGGCUCUUCGAGACCUCCCUGUGCCGCCUCACCCACAUCCCGGCCUACAAAGUGAGUGGCGACAAGAACGAGGAGCAGGUGCUGAACGCCAUCGAGGCCUACACGGAGCACAGGCCCGAGAUCACCUCGCGGGCCAUCAACCUGCUCUUCGACAUCGCGCGCAUCGAGCGCUGCAACCAGCUGCUGCGGGCUCUGAAGCUGGUCAUCACCGCCCUCAAGUGCCACAAGUAUGACAAGAACAUUCAAGUGACAGGCAGCGCCGCCCUCUUCUACCUGACGAACUCUGAGUACCGCUCGGAGCAGAGCGUCAAGCUGCGCCGGCAGGUCAUCCAGGUGGUGCUGAACGGCAUGGAGUCCUACCAGGAGGUGACGGUCCAGCGGAACUGCUGCCUGACCCUGUGCAACUUCAGCAUCCCCGAGGAGCUGGAGUUCCAGUACCGCCGGGUCAACGAGCUCCUGCUCAGCAUCCUCAACCCCACGCGGCAGGACGAGUCGAUCCAGCGCAUCGCCGUGCACCUGUGCAACGCCCUGGUCUGCCAGGUGGACAAUGACCACAAGGAGGCCGUGGGCAAGAUGGGCUUCGUCGUGACGAUGCUGAAGCUGAUCCAGAAGAAGCUGCUGGACAAGAUAUGCGACCAGGUCAUGGAGUUCUCCUGGAGCGCGCUGUGGAACAUCACGGACGAGACGCCGGACAACUGCGAGAUGUUCCUCAGCUUCAACGGCAUGAAGCUCUUCCUGGACUGCCUGAAGGAAUUCCCCGAGAAGCAGGAACUGCACCGGAACAUGCUGGGACUCCUGGGGAACGUGGCCGAGGUGAAGGAGCUGCGGCCCCAGCUCAUGACUUCCCAGUUCAUCAGUGUCUUCAGCAACCUGCUGGAGAGCAAGGCGGACGGGAUCGAGGUCUCCUACAACGCCUGCGGCGUCCUCUCCCACAUCAUGUUCGACGGGCCCGAGGCCUGGGGCAUCUGCGAACCCCAGAGGGAGGAGGUGGAGGAGCGCAUGUGGGCGGCCAUCCAGAGCUGGGACAUCAACUCCCGGAGGAACAUCAACUACAGGUCGUUUGAGCCCAUUCUUCGCCUCCUGCCCCAGGGAAUCUCCCCCGUCAGCCAGCACUGGGCCACCUGGGCCCUGUACAACCUUGUGUCCGUCUACCCCGACAAGUACUGCCCCCUGCUGAUCAAAGAAGGCGGGAUGCCCCUUCUGAAGAACAUGAUCAAGACGGCCACGGCGCGGCAGGAGACCAAGGAGAUGGCGCGAAAGGUGAUCGAGCACUGCGGGAACUUUAAAGAGGAGAACAUGGACACGUCCAGAUAGAGGCCUCCGCCCGUGGCCGCCAUGCUCUGGACCCCGCGGCCGGCGGGCGGCGCUCCGAGGCCGCGCGGCUGGCAGACCCCCGCCCCCACCCGGGAGCCUGCCGCUGGACGAAGGGACACAGGGGAACUUUUGCACAACUGACGCUUUUCCUUAAUUAGUGAGAUAUAUAUAUUAUAUAUAUAUUAUUUUUUUUUUUUUGGUUAGGAAGUGUGAAGUUUUGUGUAUAUGGUUUCUGUACAAAAACAAAAACACUCCCCGAGCCCGCACAGCUCCCCGGGCCGUUCCCCAGCCCCACUCGGCAAAGCCUUCGCCGCCGCCAUCCUCCUCCUCCUCCCGGGGACCACAUGCCUCUGACGUGUGAGUGUCCGGUCCUUUCCCAGUGGUCUCCGGCCCUGGCCUCGCUUCCCAGGGGGAGACGCAGCAGGCUUCUCACAGCCCGCCCCAGCGCCCUGACCCACCCACCCACCCAGCCUGAGAGCCCCAUCCGGGCUCCUGGGGGCGGCUGAUGAUGGGGUUUAGGGAUUAAAACCGAUCCCGGCGUCUCCUAAACGCCUUGGUGCUCCCAGCGGUGGACCGUCUGGGGCAAAGAAGUGAGCCGUGCCCAGGCCCAGGGAGCCCGGGCCCCGGAGGACCCUCGCCGAGUAGGGCUCGCAGCGGCCCAGCUGCUGUCCGGCCGGGCCCGCCUGAGGCCGCGCUGCUAUGGAGGCCGCCUCCGGGUCUCCCGCCAGGUCCCAGGCCGUGGGAGGCCCCUGUCCGCCUGGGCUCAGCCACUGCCCCUGCUGCCAAACCCACCAGAGCCCGCCCCAGCCCUGGAAGCCAGCCAGCACCUUCUGGGACCGGGGGCUUGCUCCCUCCCUCCCCGGCCCUUCGUCUGCCUGCAGCACCCAAGGUGCCCAGGCACCCCACCAGCAGAACUGAGCCCGCCUGCCCCGCCGCCCCCAGGACCCCACGGCUCCCAGGCAGGAGCUCCCCGCGCUCACCUUUCCGGCAGAGACAGGCAGACUCCUCCAGGCCAGUACUUGGCACCUUCUGCAGCGGACACCCUCCUGCCCCGCCCCGGGCUGUACUUUGGAAACCCCUGAGCUGGGUGUCGGAGAAGCGCCAGCCCCAGGUGCGUCAGCGUCUCUGUGCUCCCUCGCCAUAACUCCGACCUGCUGCCCUUGUGGGGCGGGCGGGCGAGGAGGCCCCUCUAGAGCGAGGGGCCUGCGGGCCGGCCUGGCUCUGCAGGCAGGCCUUGGGGCAUGGCUGUUCUUUCCUCCUCCUGCCCUGGGCCCAUUCUGAGAUUCUCCUAGCAUUUCUGCCUCCACGCAGAACAGGCUGGAGGAGUGGCCCAGGGAACGGGCCCCUGGCCUCUUUCUCCUGGAGUCAUUCCCUCCCAGCCCUGGGAAGAGGCAGCUGCCCUGCGUUCCCCCAGCUCGGCAGAUGGGCCGCAGCUGGCCCGCCCUCCCAUACCCAGGUGGCCUGAGCCAGCCACCCCCCCACCCCCACUCCCAGGCCAAGCUCACAUCGCUUUGCUUUACCAUCUGGGGUCUGGGUAAAUGUCUGUACUUCGGGGUAUCACAGAAAUACAUUUUUGUGCAAAGUG